AUGAACGGAAUCAGAGAUCUGACAGAAGAAUAUCCGACACCUGUAUCGAUCGAAAUCCUAUCUUCUUCGGAGGAAGAUAAUUCUGAAGAUGAACAAUCAGCCGGAUCAUCCUUGAAAUGGUAUAAGAAAGUAAACAAGUAUAGAGGUAGGGGCGGUCAUCCAUAUGUCUGUCAUGCUAUUGCAACUCAAGGACCACAAAGGAAACAGACUAGAUAUGAAGAUGUGAAAUUCUGGCCUUAUAUAGGCCCGUUACAACCUUGGAAAACGCCCAAUGGUGUUCAAUGGUCUUGGAAGGAAUAUGAAAAUACUAUAGCCACAUGUACGAAAGGUAAAAUAACAGUCGCAAGGUGUACAGAAAAGGAUCCCUGGAAGAUCUUAUGGGAAAUGGAUAUAAACGAUCAUCUAUAUACUAUAACAUGGGGUUAUCAUCCAUUUACAUGUCAUCCUUUAAUAGUCACGGCUGGUCAAAAAGGCUUGAUAUACAUACUCGAUACGAUCACCAAGGAAUGCUUGAGGGUCCUCCGAGGUCAUGGUGGUGAUAUCCUUUGGCUCACUUCCCAUCCUCUUCAUCCACAUAUUCUAGCUUCAACAUCCUAUGACAAGUCAACCAGAAUAUGGAAUAUUUUAGGAUCAGAUGAACCUAAAAUACCCCUAGGAGAAUACCCAAAUGAAAAUUUCCCUAUGGGUGAUGCGGAUGAAGGUAAUUGUUUAUUCGCAAUAUUAGCUGGGGAAGGAAAAGGUGGUCAUAGAGGUUAUGUCAGUUGUGCAACAUUCCAUCCAAUCAAGAAUGCAAUUGCAACAGUUGGAUUAGAUAGACAAGUGAAAAUAUGGGCAUUACCUGAAUUUCCAAAACCGAAAUUAAAACCAAUACCGACGCCGAGAGGGUAUAGAGCGAAAAUAAUCUUCGUACCGGUAUUUUCGACGAGCAGAUUACACGAGGACUUUGUGGAUUUUGUCGAUUGGCUAGGCGACGACACCUUGAUUACGAGAUCAAGGCAACAGGUGGCUAUUUGGCAAUGGUUAGGAUAUAGAAGAUACUUCCGUCCGAAAGAUCCAUUACCGCAGAAUAUCGACCCUAGUGUACACGAUUAUAAUGAUUCAGGCUCAUUCAUGCCUAUCUCGAAAUAUCCCCUCGGAUCCGAUUGCUGGGCAAUGAACGCUUCGUUGCAUCGUCCUUUCUCCCCUACUACAAGCGAGCUAGAUAAGAUGUCAAUGGAUGGACACAUCCUUACCGAUCCGCUGGUUGCUCUCGUUGCUCAUAGAGUAGGACAUCACGCCCCUGAGAUCCUAUUGUUUAACCCUUUGCUUGCACAAGAUGGUGAACCGCCUUUACCGCCUCGAGAGAUGAGAGCCAGAAGCAGAAGAGAUAGUGUAGCAUCUGAAUCUGAAGCACCCACUUCUCCUGUAAUUGGGGACACCUUAAUGGAGACAGCUGUUGAGGAACCCGAAGAUCCGGCCCCUGCGGGAAAUGGGAAUGUCAAUACGCAGUCAGUGAAUGUAGAUAUACAACAAGAUAUCAUCACAGAACAAAAUGGAUCUGCAAUUGGACCUGAACCUGCAUCUGGAUCUGGAUCCGCAGCACAUGUUGGAAUCACACCAGGACCAAGAAACAGGUCUUUGGAAUCUUGGAGAUUAGUAGCAUCGGAUUAUCAAGCUUUGGUCAAAUAUAAUUCGAAGAAAGGGUGGAGAAUGUUCAUUGGUGGUACAAAUAUAUGUAAUGUUGCUAUAUCACCUAGAGGUGCAAAAUGGAUCGUUGGUGUAGGUGAACCUGGUACUGUCUUUGUUUGGAAAUUGGAUGAUUAG